GCAAUAUAAACAGAUCUGGUGUCUCUCGUGGAUGCUGAGAUUUGAGACGAAGUUUUCCCAUGGCUUCUUUUCACAUCCGCCAAUUCCAGGAGAAGGAUUACAAACAGGCAGAUUAAGUCAUCCCAACAAGGCAGAAGAGGGUUUUCUGAAACUUGCUCAUGGAAACAUGGGAUUCUGCUGUCUACAGACCCUGAAGAAGAAACCAAUAGCUGGAGACACCACCUCCUCCUUCCAGUGUGCCAUAUUAAGGACUCAAGGAAGACGUGAAGAAAGGUCUAGCUCUCUCUUGUGAUUGCUGAUAUUGGAGACCCACAAGUCCCCCCAUGGCUCCUUAUCAGAUCCGCCAGUACCAGGAGAGGGACCACAAACAGGUUGUGGACUUGUUCUCCAGGGGCAUGAUGGAGCACGUCCCCACCACCUUCCGUUAUGUGCUGCUGCUGCCCAAGACCCUCCUGCUUUUAUUUGUGAUGCCUGUGGCCAUAGUCCUGGUGUCUGGCUCCUGGCUGCUGGCUGUUGUGUGCUUCUUCUUUCUGCUCCUACUCCUGCGGCUCCUUGCUAGACAGCCCUUCAAGGAGUAUGUGGCCCUGUGUUUGCAGACAGACAUGGCUGACAUCACCAAGUCUUACCUGAAUGCUCAUGGCUCCUUCUGGGUGGCUGAGUCUGGGGGACAGGUGGUGGGCAUGGUGGGGGCUCUGCCGGUCAAGGAUCCUCCAUUAGGGAGGAAGCAGCUGCAGCUCUUUCACCUGUCUGUGUCCUCACAGCAUCGAGGACUGGGGAUAGCGAAGGCACUGGUCAGAACUGUCCUCCAGUUUGCACGGGACCAGGGCUACAGUGAUGUUGUUCUUGAGACCAGCAUCAUACAGCAAAGUGCUAUAGCCCUCUAUGAGGCUAUGGGAUUCCAAAGGACAGGAAACUACUUAGAGACCGGCAUUAUCAAAUGGUUAAUUGAAUUUUCUAUAAUUCAUUUCACAUAUCCUUUUCCUUCUGCUCAGAAACAUGAAUUAUAA